CGGCGAAUUGGCACCUGUCGGGAGAGGACGUGUACCAGUUUGAUUUCUCCUCCCUCUCCUCCCAAGGCUUCUUCCGCGUCCUCGUCGACCAUCUCGGCUCUUCCGAGGUCUUCUCCGUCAACGUCAACUCCCUCGACUUCGCGGCCUACACCACAGCUCGAGCGCUCUUCUACCAGAGGUGCGGGCAUGCAGGAGGGGUCUCUCCUCCCUUUGCGGACCCUAGGUUCCAGCGACCCGCCUGUCACCUCCACGACAGCGAGGAGGAGGGAGCUCAGGUCAGCGACGGAGUCUACCACGAGUCUAUCGCCUCCUCCCCACUGUAUGCUGGGGAAGAGCUGACGGCAAGCUGGAAGGACUGGAGGACGACGCCGCUCACUCGGGACAUGCAUGGAGGGCACCAUGACGCCGGCGACUUCAACAAGUACAUGCCGUCAGCUGGAGAGAUGCUGUGGUACCUCCUGCUCGGGCUCGAUCUCGAUCCUCAGAGGUUUGCUGAUGACGUGUGGGACAUUCCGGAGAGCGGAAACAACGUCCCGACCUGCUGGACGAGAUCAAGUGGGAGACCGACUUCUGGCUGAGAGUGAUGGCUGAUGAUGGAGGGAUGUACCACAAGGUAUCAGGAUGCAAUUUCUUCCAAGGUCUGCCUCAUCUAGAGCCAACCGUCCGCUACGCCUUCGCCAGGACGACUCACGACACCGCCAUCUUCGCUGCCGUCAUGGCGUCUGCCGCCCGUGCCUGGAAGCCAUACAACAGCUCGCUGAGCGACGCAUACCUGCACGCGGCCGAGCUAGCCUGGGAAUUCCUCCUCCUCCAUCCCGAGAGCCCCGUCGGAGGCUUCAAGAAUCCUCCCGGGAGCUGCGGAGGGACGGGCGAGUACAACGAUGAGUAUGACGGAGACAACCGGCUGUGGGCGGCAGCAGAGCUCUAUCGGACGACCGGGAAGGAGGGGUACCACACCUACUUCAAGGACUGGUACUCCAACAAGGUCUUCUACAACGGCAACAGCGGGAGCGGAACUGGACACUACACGGAGGUGUACUGGGCUUACGUCAUGUCGGACCAUCCCGACGUCGACAAGAAAGUCCAGCAGGAUUUGACCAGCAUCCUUCUCAGCUCUGCCUACAACCUCGCUCAGAGGCACGAGGCCUGCCCGUACCGCAGCGCCUCGAGACUCGACGUCGCGUCCUGGGUCGGGUGGGGGUCCUUCACCUACGGUUCCCGGGACUCGCUGCAGAUGCUCAUGGGCUGGCGGCUCAACGGCGAUCAGAGCCUCCUCCUCACGGCGCUUGCCAACCUGGACAGCCAGUACGGCGCCAACCCACUCUCCUUCUCCUUCGUCACCGGGCUCGGCGUCAGGUCCCCCCGGAGACCAACGUGCGUGACUUGCAUGUACGACGACGAGGAGGAGCCGUACCCCGGCAUCCCAGUCUUCGGGCCCUUCGCCCAUCUGUCCAACGGUCAUCCCUACUACUCCAUCGUCCAGCACGACGCCAACAACUUCCCCUACUUGUGGAACCUCGACGACGCUGUUCCCAUCCUCAGGAGGUACAUCGACGAGCCCAAAAUCAUCCCGGAGAGCGAGUACUCCAUAGGCUCCAUCGCCCACACCCUCGUCGCCGUCAACUUCUUCGCGAGCUUCUCGGGCGGACCGAGGAGGUUUUUCUUCGACAGCGCCCUCCUCCUUAACCGAACCGACGUCCCCGCGGCCCUGAGCAGGAGGAGGCAGGCGGGGAAGCAGCGGCAGGGGAAGAUGAGGAGUGUCAGCAGCGCCGUGACGCAGAACUGGAUCGAGAUCAAACUUGAACGUCCUGCUACCCGCGCGGCAUCAACUCACACGACUUGCACUGAAGUCUUUGACGACUCUUCCCUGCUGAAGCUCGGGACAGACGCUGCCUGCUACUGGAAGGAGGACGGACUUUCCCUCUUCAUCGGCCUCGGCAGCGAUCACUCUCUGAGGAUCGGAGACACGCUCUCCACCAGGAAGCCAGCAGUGGGUUUUGACAACAGCAACACGAUGCUAUGGGAGGAGAGAGUCUACCUGUGGGACGGUCGGGCAGACCCGUGCAUCCUCCUCUCGUCAUGGGUCGAGCUCGGGGCCCUGGCAAGAGCGAUGGACCCUUCCUCUACCUGCGGCCUCUUCGUGACAGGAGGGAUGGGAGCAGAAAUGACUUCAGAGUUCGAAGUUUGGCUCUGCGCCGACGACGGACCGGGCCUCGCCGUCUGCCCCAGCACGGCCCUCUGCUCCUCUGCUCCCGUCAGCAACGUCUCUUACGCGUACCCCCUUCCUCUCAACACCCCGGACAGUCCUGCUCUCCCGGACGUUCCUCCUCCUCCCUCCUGGCGCAGCGUCGAAGGGCACAAGACGAUGCGAGCACCGCUGAGCCUUGAUGAGCACCGGGAGCAGGCGAGCAGGGAGGAGGUAAAGAAGCUGCGGGCAGUUACAAACGUUCCUGCGAGCAAGGAAUGGGCAUGCUUCAGGUAUCAUGAGCCGUCGGGGGAGUGGCGGUGGUGGGGUUUUAACUCCGAGCUUCAACUAGUGAAGCAGGACGAGACAAGUGUUGUAUCGUAGUGAAGACAAGAUUUUAUCUUG